GGGCCGCGUCGGCGGCAGUCGGCAGAUGCGUCCUGUGCGCCCCGCGAAGCGACCGUGUCCCUUAUUCGGAGGAACAGCGAAUCAACAGUUCGAAAUUUGAAAAGUGAUGUGACUGUGGGUGGUUUUUUCUUUUUAAUUUGAGUGCGAUCAUGGCUGGAACGAUUUAUGGUUGAGUGUUCUUUUUUUGGCGACUGCGGAACUGUUGGGAUUGUGAUUCUGUUGAAUCGGAAUCUCGUGGAUUUUUUAUGGCCCACCGGCGCCGAUGUAGGCACAGAGGCGACAUGACAUGAGCAUGCGAGCGGCGUGGGCUCGGUGGUACGUCAUCGUUGUUCUGAGCUCUUGCGCCGCGAGGACGGCCAGCGAUUGGCUGGACUGUGCCCAGAUCCCCGCCUGCCGCUGCAAGUGGUCCUCGGGCAAGAAGACCGCGUCCUGUGCGUCCGCCGACCUGCGCCGCCCGCCAGCCCUCGCUAGCGACAUCCAGGUGCUCGACCUGCACGACAACCCGCUGCGCACUCUGCCUCAAGAAGUCUUCUCCACCAUCGGGCUCCUCAAUCUACAGCGAGUCAAUCUGAGAGGCACCAAGCUACGCUCCAUACACCCUGACGCGUUCUUGGAACUAAGGAUCCUGAUCGAAGUCGAUUUGGCCGAUAACGACUUAUCAAACAUCCCGAAAGACAUAUUCAGAGGCAACGAAAGACUGCGCUUGGUAGUGCUCAGCAACAAUCCUUUGACAACUCUAGUAGCCGACCAGUUCCCGUCUCUACCGCAUUUACGAAUGUUGCUUCUAGAUGGAUGUAGGCUCAAGUUGAUUCACACUAAUGCGUUGCGUAACCUGAAAGCCCUGGAGACAAUAGAUUUACGGAGAAAUCAACUUACAUUCCUACGACUAAUCACAUUUGCUUUGCCUGCCUUGAAGACGCUCUCUCUAUCGGAAAAUCCUUGGAGAUGCGAUUGUCGACUAAGAGAGUUCAAGGAUUGGUUUUUAGACAGUACAUUAGGGACGGAAGAUUUAGUUUGUGUCGAACCAUCCACAAAGUCAGGGAGUAAGUGGAGAAGUGUUCCGAGUGAGAGUAUGGUUUGUGCGCCAGAGGUGCGUUCUAGUACGCUGGUUAUUCGGACGGAAGUAGGCAUGCCAACUACCUUCGGUUGCUGGGUCCACGGAGUUCCUAAACCUCAAGUGACGUGGCUAUUUGAAGGCGUAGAUGUACAUAAUAGCACACUAGAUAGUGAUUUAGAAGAAGCGGAAUCGGAGGUAGACAUUGAUGAUUCAGAGGAUAAAGUACCGGGUAGCGUGAGGUGGGUGAACGUGACCGUGCUGAACGUGACCUCGAGUGCCGCUGGUGAAUGGACCUGUAUAGCUAAAAGCUCCGCAGGAGAAGCCCGAGCGGUCAUCAGUUUAGUUCUGCCAAGAUAUCAAACGGCGACUGCCCGCACGGACCCUGGAAUCCCUCAAGUAAUAGGGGUAGUUUUUGGCGCACUAGGCGUGCUAGCGACCCUAGGCUUCCUAGGCGCCGUGGCUUGUUGGCACAUGCGCAGACGAACGGUACCGGCGAGCCGAAGUUUCACAGACCAAGAGAAGCGAUUAUUAGAUGCUUCAGUAGUCGUAAGUUGUGAUCGUUCAAUAGCCGAGAUGGCAUCGCCGUGCGAUUUCGAGAUGACGGAACGAUCGAUAUCAGAGGAGCCAAGAGUUUGCGGGUUUGACCCCGUGCAUAUAACCAUAGAGGGGACGCCGGGUGCAUUUCCACCUCCACCAGCCGAGUUCGCCGUGCCAGUUCCUUACGGGAACAUCUUCAUAUCUGUCCAGGUGGCUGGUCACGGGGAGGGGCCGGGGGGGAAGUACCCGGACCUGCUGAGUGGAGGGGCGACGUUGCCGCGAAGAAGUCGGACUUGCUGUGCUCCUGUGUAUGACAACAUGGGGCCGCGGGUGACGGCUACCGGCAGCUCCACCUGGUCCCUGCCGGGGGCGGGGGCCGAGGGGGUGGACAACACGGAGACCCCUGUGCUGACGCUGCCCCCGCCGCCCCCCGAGUUCGUGUCGCUCUAGCCUCGGUCGCUGGUGCUAGACCCGUCGGCCCUCCGGUGAUCUAGCACCACAGCAUUGCGAGUCAAUUAGACAAUCCCCCAAUUUUAUUAAUUACGGUUUAUCGUUAAUUUGUAAAUACUAGGCUAGUAAGUGGACUUUCGUCUAGGAUGUGUGACAUGAAGGACAUCACGUGAGAUAAAUACGUAAGGUUGUUAUCGAAAAUGUAUUUAACGUUUAUCUAAUUAUAUUUUAAAGAGAUUAGUUUUAGCAUGUUAAUCGAAUACGUUGGGAUACGAAGUGAGAUGUACUUUUAGUGUUUAACUUUAACUCAUGUUUUACAAUAGUGUUUCUUUAAGUCCUAUUUGUAAGUCUUCCCAAUUUUGUAAAUUAUGUACUUGUUUACUUACAAUCUUCCCAAAGAUAAGACUGAUCCUUUUUGUCUUGUUUCCCCUUGAUCUUUGUAUAAAUGACUAUUGUGUCUGCUGAAUACUUCACUUAGUGUAAAACACUGCAAGAUAGCUUCGAAACAUUUCUUUCAACGCAAAUGAUAAAAAAUAAACCAAUUACAUUAUAAAAGGC